AAAUCGCCUCAAAUUUUCACUCAUUUUCCUUUCCUUUCCUUUCUUUCUUCAAAUUCGAGUGGCAGAGACAAAUUUUCCCAAAUUUCUCUUCUUUCCAAACACAGGUGAAGAGAGUAGAGAAAAAUGUCACUCUGCUUAUCAUUCAAUCCCUUCACAGUUCACUCACCGAAGUCCCAAACUCACAAAACACACUUCAGUUCUCAGUUCAUCAAGCAAAACCAGGUAAAACCAUCUCCUUUUACUUCAAAAUCAAGACCAUUUAACGGCAAAAGAUCUGAACUUGUAAAAGCUUUGGCGACAAAGCCUUUUGAGACAGCUGUUUCAGCUUCGUUUAGGAACAAAAACCCCAAAGACAUCAACGUUUUGGUGGUGGGUUCAACUGGUUAUAUUGGGAAAUUUGUGGUGAAGGAGUUGGUUAAUAGAGGGUUUAAUGUGAUAGCCAUUGCUAGAGAAAGAAGUGGGAUUAGAGGUAAAAACAAGAAGGAAGACACUUUGAGUGAUUUAAAUGGAGCUAAAGUAUGUUUCUCUGAUGUUGCAAAUUUAGGCGCUUUGGUUGAAUCUGUGAAAAAUUUAGGAUUUCCCAUUGAUGUCGUUGUGUCUUGUCUUGCUAGUCGUACUGGCGGUGUUAAGGAUUCAUGGAAGAUUGAUUAUGAGGCAACAAAGAACAGCCUUGUUGCUGGUAAGAAAUUCGGGGCUUCACAUUUUGUGUUGUUGUCCGCCAUUUGUGUGCAAAAACCCCUCCUCGAGUUCCAGCGAGCUAAGCUGAAAUUCGAGGCGGAAUUGAUGAAAGAAGCCGACGACGACGACGGACUUACUUAUAGUAUCGUGAGGCCGACUGCAUUCUUCAAGAGUUUAGGGGGUCAAGUUGAGUUGGUGAAAGAUGGGAAGCCUUAUGUGAUGUUUGGCGAUGGCAAAUUAUGUGCCUGUAAGCCAAUUAGUGAACAAGAUUUAGCUUCAUUCAUAGCCGAUUGUGUUUUGAAAGAGGAUAAGAUUAAUCGGGUUUUGCCGAUCGGCGGUCCGGGGAAGGCAUUGACACCAUUAGAGCAAGGGGAGAUUUUGUUUAAGCUUCUAGGGAAGGAACCAAAGUUCUUGAAAGUGCCUAUUGGGAUAAUGGACUUCGCCAUUGGGGUACUCGACUUCCUAGUUAAGAUCUUCCCCGCUAUGGAAGAUGCUGCCGAGUUCGGUAAAAUUGGAAGGUAUUACGCUGCCGAAAGUAUGUUGUUUUUGGAUCCCGAAACCGGGGAAUACAAUGCGGAGAAAACACCGAGCUACGGCAACGAUACGUUGGAAGAGUUCUUUGCGAGAGUCCUGAGGGAGGGGAUGGCUGGCCAGGAAUUAGGUGAACAAUCCAUCUUCUGAAAGUUGAUUGCUUUACAUUAAGUUGGUUAAAUUUGGGUGAUUCAUUGAGUGAACCAGUUUUUUCUUAGAACAUGAUUUGAGAUAUGCAGAUGCAGUCACCCCAACCUUAAAAACAU